AUGGAUGAAGCUCACAAUUAUCCAGCUCAGACUUCAGAAUACCAUAAUGUCCUUCCGGACGUCGUUCAUUUUCAACAGAUCGCUACUCUGGAGAGUGAAGAGAAACCAUCCGAAAUAGAUACGGCCCGGAAUAGUGAACUCUCACAAGAUGCUAUACAAAUGGAAAGUAUUAGUGAUAUGGAUUCUGUCUCUGAACAGAUUCCCUCCAAAGUUGAAUAUUCCCUUUCUGAUGCUGAUGUGAGCCAAGGAAAGGCAGGUAACAUUCUCAAGGUGGAUGUGGACCUGUCAAAGAGUGCCUCCCCAAACUCACAUCAUUCAAAUUCACCCUGUAUUGAUAAAAAAUCAUGGAGCUUUGAUGUUGAAUCUUCUGAAAUACACAUUAGUAAUGAGAGUCCAGUUAAUUUACCAUCUUCAGAUACAUCAAAAGAAGUUGAAAAAAUUAAACCCAACUCAAGUGAACAUGAAGUUGAAUCCCCCAAGAGCUAUUCUGAUUCAUUGAACGAUCAGCCAAGUAAAACAUCUCUUUGUGACCAGUAUUCAAUUGAACAUAACAGUAUUAAAAAUGAAUCUCCAGAUAGGUUUAGUUCAGGGUCAGAUGAGGUAAUUAAAUUAGAUAUAAGAGGGCAAGGUGCUCCAAAGUUUCCUUUAGAGACGGCCAAAAUUAUAUUUGGACCACCACCAGACUCUGAAACUGUUAUUUGUCCUAAUAUUGGGAUUCCAUCUGUUUUUCCGCUACUGACACCCAUAAGCACAGAUGCUAUGAACAUGGGGGGUUUAUUUCCUGAGCAACCUAUACACUGUACAGAAAACAUUAUUAUAGAGGAAAUAUUUGAUGAGCCAGAGAAGUUACUUUCAGAAAAAUCUAGUGAUGGUAGUGAAAAGGAUGUGUUGAUAGAAGAAGUUACAGUUAAUUAUGCUAAAAAGCAGGAUGAACAGCCAAAAUCCUUUUUACCAGAAGAGACAAUGUCAUUUAGUACAAUCACAGAUUACAAGACAAUCUGUGAAGAGUACAAUGUCAAGCUUGUGCAUUUGGAAGAAGCUAUAAACCAGCGCGAACAGCUUAUUCAGGAACUCACCAUCUCAUUGCAGAAAUCAAAUCAUGAUCGCAAACAGCUUAAACUUGAGAAUGAUCAUCUGUGUGCAGAGGUACAGCAACUGCAACAUACAGUAGCAGAACAUUCAUUCUCUGAGCAUGAUACAGUCAAAGGACAGCUUUCCGACUUCAUUAAGUAUCAAACCUUAGUUAAGGGCGAUAGUACAAAAUUUUACUCUGCUGUAAUGAGUGGGACGACGUCGCUACAAAGUUCGAAUGACGAAAAAGAUAUGGUACGGGAGGAGAUAACAAUCAACCAUUCAAAAUCCGAAGAUUUUCAAACAGGUUUUGAGAACAAACUAUCCAUAUUGCUCAACAAGUUCGAAGGCUAUAUAGAAGACAACUUGAAGAAUAACCUUAGAGAGAGUCUGAUUCAAGUGUUAUGUGAUGAAAUUGGUAUCAUGAGAUUGGAAUUUGAAACGGAUAUGAGGCAGCUGGAGAGUCAAUUGCAGCAAGAUAAGGAUGCGUACGCAGCUGAGACGAGACGGCUUAGGGAACUAUUGUCAUCUGUUAAAGCUGGCAAUGCCGACAUUGAUGACCUCAGAAAGGAGUAUGAGAAAGAAAUGCAAGAUUUGCGAACAUUCUUCGAAGAAAAGUGCUCAGAUAUUGAACGAAGCUACUCCGAGGAGGUGUUACGUGACCGUGUGUCUGCAUCAGCUGGUUCCUCGGAGGAGGAACUUGGGGCUGGUGAUGCGAGACGCCGUCGGUCGUCUGCGUUACCUUCUAUUCAAAUGGAGACAUCGACACCAAAAGAGCUGAUACACAGACAAACACACAAAAAACAUGAGCAGCAAUUGGAAGAAUUGAAAAGUGAGCAUUUGGCAUAUGUCAACGACCUUCAAGCGAGACAUAAAGAGGAGAUCGCUUCCCUUGAAGAACAGAUUACAGACCUAAAAGCACACAUACAGACUGCAGAGAACACAGAGGGAAAUCUGUCAUUUCCUCAGGACAUUGAUUCCGAAUUGGAAAAGGCCCGUAUCGACCGAGUACGACAACAGGUGCUACAAGAGUUUCAAGAUCAAAUUCAGGUGCUACUGUCAGAUCCUGACGCGGAGUUGUCUAGCUGGCCUCUUGAACUGGUGGCUCUAAGGGACAGAAUUCAUGCAGACAAAGCACAAGAAAAAGAGUUGUCGGGUCUCCGUGAGGAGGCGUCUGUAGGCGAGGGAGAUAAAUGGCGACAGAAGAGGAACAAUAGCUUCGACCAGAACAGGCGGCUCGAGGAAGUUACUAAAGAAAGGGACGGUCUAAGGCGUGUAGCUAAUGCUUUGCAGCGAGCUGUGGCGCAGUUGGUGGCGUACUGUGCAAGCGCUGAAGACGAGCUUAAUCGCACAGUGUUAGCACAACUCCUGCCUAAACUACUACCUAAUGAAUCCUCCUUAGAAGACGAUUCACGACCGACAACACCAGACCUCAGCACUAGCCUGGUCUCCCGCGGGAAGCAUGUCCACUUUGCGCCAGAUCUAGACGCGAUCCUCGGGUCUCUCGACGAGGACGGGGUGCUAGGUUUCCUGCAGCAGCAGCGAGACCUCAGUGCGGAACUUAAGAGGGAGUUGGAGCAUUCUCUAAGGAGGCUGAGGCACGAUGCACAAGAACUCUUGGAGCUGACUAGCAAGUUGACUUUGAAUAGACCGAGCAAUGAAUCGAAGAUGCUGGAGUCCAGCUCAAUGCAAAUAUCUGAGCUCGUGGAGGAGAUGGACUUGAAGCAGCAACGAUGUGAGAACUGCGACAUGCAGAGAAAGAGUAUGGAAGAAGCCAUGUCUGAGUGCCUCCAACGGGAGAACCUGCUGCGAUCAGAUCUUGAAGCUGCCAUGAUGAAGAUAGCGCAUCUGAUGACGCUCAAUGAUCGGCCACUUAGCGAUGAUGUCGUAGAAGGUUAUGGCACGGGCGGGGUACGUGCGUCAUCUCGUGGUGCGGGGUUCUACUCGCUCGACGAAGCCGCGUCGCCCCGAUAUGCGCACGCGCAUGAAUGGGAUGCACUGCUGAAAGAAAGAGACGAUCUACAACAACAGUUGGAAGCAGCGAAUCGUCAGCUGAAGUCGACACGUCAGUUCGUCGAGGAGCAAGCCAGUGAGCGCGAAGCCGAACGCGAUGAGUUUGCCAGGAGACUCGCAGACUUGCGAGAAGAGAACAAUCGACUCAGUGCAAGACUUCAGAGCAACGUUAGGAUUCUUAGCGAGGUGGAGCAAUUGGAAAACCAGACACGAGAAAUGAACCAAAUCAUAACUGAACUAGAGAAUAAGAAAGCCGAAACUGACAAAGAACUGAAAGUGACCGCGGAAGAGAUAAAUCUUCUACGUGAAAUUAUUGCAAAACUAGAAGCUCAAUUGGAACAAAAGACAAACAGGGAGGCAGAAGUGUUGGAACAACUGGAGGAAAUGAAACGGACGAUCGACGAAAGAGAUAGCAAGAUGAGAUUGGUGCUCGGCGAGCUGGAAUCGCUGAGGAGUGAGAGAGUCGAGAAUAGUGAUGUGACGUGCGCUAGGUGUGCGUUAGAAGAGGACAGAUAUACCGAAUACUUAGAAAAGAUUAAAGAGCAGGCUCGUUGGCUGGAAGAUCACAUCCAUCGGCGAACGCGCAAGAUGGAGCGGACGCAUGAAACCUGCUCGGCGCCCACUUCAGAGCCGAGCGAAGAUGUUUCUAUACGCGAUCAAAAGGUGUCUUCGCCGGAGGGCAGCGUAACGCCGCGUGUGGAGCGUGUAUCGGAGCUGACUCGUGUGUGGGAGGGAAUCGAGAGUCUGUCCCGCGCCGAAGAUGCCGUUCUUAAGCGGGUCACCGAUCUGGAAAUGCAAAGGGCGCAUCUGAACGACGUUGCGCAGGAGGUCCGCGCGGAACGCGAUGUUCUUCAAGCACGGAUGUCGGAGCAGGCGUUGAAAAUAUCUUCGCUAUCAGCUCGUCUGCAACAACACAGGAAUGAUGCAGAGGCGCUGGCGCACACGGCUGCCAGUCAGCUCAGCGUGCAAUUACACGACACACAAGCCGAGGUACAUAGGUUAAAAGAAGAACUGGAGUCAAAAGACAAACAGCUUGCGCGUCUAAAACAAAACCUGGAAGAAAAGGACAAACUGAACGAGCAACAUUCCGUGCUCUAUGGAAACUCGUGCAAUCCCAAAGACAAAGUAAUAAUUUUGGAAAGAGAGCUGUCCAGUGCACAGGCGCGGAUAGCGCAGCUAGAAGACCUGGCUUCCCAUCUACAGUCGACUAAUGAAAAGCUGCAAAAUGACCUUCAGGAAUAUCAAACCUUACUCCUUGACAAGGAGGAACAACUUAACCAGAUUAUGGCUCUCAAAUUGGAAGACGAACAAAACCAAAGAAGUGACGUUGUGGAAGGAAAGACAUCAGGACGGACGUUAAGUGAUAUCGUUUCUAUAUCUGACUAUGAUGAACAAGACCAUCAAAUGCGUCGCGCAGAGUUGAAAACCCACAACGCAAGCUUUUCAGGAGCUCUUAACGAAGGUCAAAAUAAGACGCUUAACCGGACUUUACCACCAGACGUCCAACGACCCAAUAUGAGUUCACUGAACGUUGAAAAUAUAGAGCAUUCUGAGCUAUAUACGCCGCGCGCUGACUCACUACCUGUAAAUUUCACAUACACACAAAACAUCGAUAAGUUUAAAAGAAACAUCAACGAGACUACCAUAUUCGGAACGGUCAACUUCGGUGAUAACGUCAAACAUUCAACAGCUCAGAAAAUUGCCGACAAUUGUUCAAUGUACCCGAACCAACAGGCCAGCAUCAGUAACAACAUUAGCGUUGAACCAAAGAAGAUUAAUUUCUCACUAGAAGCAUCUAAGACUCAUGAUGAUAUCACUACCCUGGAGGAAUUAGGUAUAACGAUAGAUUUAAAACAAGAAAAUUUCCCGGAUAUACUAUCGCAACUAAAGCACGAAGUGAAAAAAGCUAGAACGGAACUAGCAACCUGUAAAUCUGAACUCAAAAAUGCUGAAGAACAAUUGUGUGAAUUUCCCGCUUUGAAAGAUGAGGUCGAGAAGUUGAAAAGCUUGCUAGAAAACACUGUGGUCACUAUGAAGAAAGACAAGAGUUUCUACGAAAAUCAAUUGGAAAAUUUUACGACAAACAAAGAACUUUUGGAAAGGAAGUUAACGGAACUGACCGAGGAAGUAAACGAAAAGUCAAAAGCUCUUAAUUUACUUAAAGAGGAUUUAUUAAGGCGGGAGAGCAUGAUACUCGAGUUAGCUAAAGAAAAACGAAACUUGACUGCCAAGGUAGCCGAGCUGGAAAAGCUUAUUCAAGAAUUACAAAACAAGAACGCUGCAUCGGAAAGACAAGACGUAGAAAAUAAACAAUUAAGAGAUAAAAUAGCGGAACUACAAAAACUAGAACUAUUAGUCUCUGAAAAGAAUCAGCAAAUUGAUAGUCUAAACCAACAUUUGGAUCGACUCGACGACUUACGACGUUGUCUCAAUGAUAAGACAGAAGAAGCCGAACGUUUAAAGCAGGCGUUAGAUGAAAAAGCUCGCGAACUCUUCCAAGUACAGGACUCCAUAGUAGCGCUUAACCGCGACAUUACUAAAGUGGUAGAGGACAACAAUCAAUUAAAUUCUGAUAACAGAGAACUAAAAUUAACGCUAUCCAAACUAGAAAAAGAACAAGAAAAUGUUUCAAUCAAACUACAAAACAGUGAGUGUGAGCUGGAACGAGUAAAUUCUUUAAACGGUGAGUUGACAUCCAAAAUUGAGGAAAUGAAGCUUCUGACGGAUCAAUUGAAGGACAAAAAUACUGAAAUCGAGAUUUUGAACGAAGACAUCAACGCUUACCACACCGAGAUAGCGUCACUAAAGGAACAACUGAAGAUGGUGUCGCGUAGUCCGUCUCCUAAAAGCAAAAGCGGGGAAGAGAAUCGUCAUGCGGAUAGGCAAGCGAACAGUGACAGGAAACAACUGGCCAAAAUUAAGAAGCAGAUAUCGCUGCUGCAGCAUGAACUGGACUUCAAUAAGAAGGAACUUAAUGAUAAGGCCUACGAACUAGCAAAAGCACAGAUAGACGUGACAGAACUAAAGAACAACUUAAGUCAAGCAAACAAGCGCGCUGCAGAUGUUGAGGCAUUUCAUAUCGAAAACAGCAAGAGAAACGAUGCUCUUCAGCAAAAAGUGGAAGAACUGCAAGAAGAGAAGAACAAAUAUACACAGCAGUUGGAGAUUGUGCUCUCCAGAUUGCGAGAGGAAGGCAACAUCAGUGAGCUAAAGCACAAAUUGAAAGCAAAAGUCGAACGCUGCCAAGAACUAGAAGAUGAAUUGCAGAACUUACGAGAACUCGUUGAAAGGUUACGAGGUGGCGCCAUGGAGCUAAGUGUGACCGCUGAGCGCGACAAUGGUACGCGUUCCCCUACCGCUGAGCUAGAACGUGCACUGCGACACCAAGUUCAUCAUUCCAGAACAUUGGAUGAGGAUAUUAUGGAACAGUUGUUAUCAGCAAGCAGUGAUGAUAGAGAAGACAUUCCGCGUCUGGCUCUGAAUUCCUCCAAAUCAUCCAGCGUCCAUUCCACAUCUGGCGAGAAUUACGAACGCGUGAGAGCGGCGUGCGAUAGAUUACAAUUGCAAGUAGACAACCUAGAGGCAAGACUGCGUGACAAGGAAGCGCUAAUUGACGAGUUACAGAGGAUAAGGGAUAAACUGACGGAAGAAUGCGAAGCGCGGCGGAUACGAGAGGAGGCGCAAAAUGACAACUCGGCGCGGCUGCAGUUGCUGCUAGAUGCACAACAGGAUACUGCUACUGCACUACAGCAACAAGACUCAAGUAUGAUAUCGAUGCUCAAGCGACGACUAGAAGCCGCCAUGAAGUCAGAGAUGGAAUUGCGAGAUAAGGAGCAGCAAAUGCUGAACCGGAUCCGCCACUUAGAGAAUAGGACCAAAGACUCUUCAAAUGACGACAGGCUUGCUGUAGAGGUGGAAAAUGUAGGUCGGCUAAAAGGUGAAGUUAGGGUCUUAAAAUCGAAACUGGAGAUGGAACGUACCCGUUACAGCGAGCUGCAAGCGCUAGUCGAACAAACACGUGCGCAGGCGCAACGCGAGAACGAAGCCAGGUCGCACCAAUGCGUGCAACUCAAGACUGAGCUAGCUGAACUGAGAAGGUUAAAACACGAAGCGGGCGUGGAGCUUGUUCGCGCUAAGGAGCUUUUGAACAUUCAAAGUGUGACAAUCAAACAGCUGGAGCGGAAAUUGGCUACAGCACAGAAGACGGAUUUAGAUGACACCCGCUACUUCAUGGAAAGUCCUCGUCCCAACUCACACAUGCGUCCCUAUAUGAGCACGCCGACAAGACCGCAGACGCCCAACAGCAAAGAGCAGCUCACAAAUGACGAAAAGGAUCAGGCUGUAUGUUCAUUUGUUUUUUCCGAAUAUCCAAAACUAAAGUAG